ACUAUCAAUCACUCUCCUACAUUUGCGGUAACUUCAGAUGAACGUGACCGGAUCGAGCUACUCACUCCCUCUUCUCCACUCACCCACAGCCUCGACGUUUCAGGUACCAUUUCUCGGCGCCAUUGUUCAGCAGCUUGUGGGGAAUCCCCCCUGAGUCCUGCCCCUCCCGGAAGCAGUCGCGACGGACCCAUGCUAAGACAGCAGCCAGCCAUCCAAGUGCAGCUGCAGCUGAGCGAGAAUAGCCAGCAUCUGGAUAUUAUGAUUAAACAUGCCAGAGCUCUGGUGAGCUUCGAUAAAUUUUAA